CCGGUAUAGCACAUGAGUCCUACAGCACCAUAGGUUUUACAUAAAAGGUUGGACACCAAUCCAAUCAGUCUUUUAGUUUUACUUUUGCUUUUCACUCGAAAGCAUUUUAUAUCCAAAAAUCAUUUUCAUUUCGUACGAAGACUUCAUAAGUCUAUUAACUCAUCUAUUUAUGCGACAAAUACUAGUAUAACGACAAUGUUUUUCUCGCGUAUCAUAAACUCGUUGAUCAGAUCCCUGGCCGGUCUGCCGGCAACUGUGCCAUACUUUGCGCUCAUUCCGGCCGUAAUCCUAUACUUAAUCCACAGCCAGCGCCAGCACUUGUCAUACGUAGACAGACACCCCUUACAGCCCCACUACGACUACAUAGUGAUCGGCGGCGGCUCCGGCGGGUCAGUGAUGGCCUCCCGGCUGUCGGAGCUCAACACCACUACUGUCCUGCUCCUGGAGGCGGGUCCGGCAGAAAACAUCAUAUCAGACAUACCUCGGAUGGCACUCUUCCUGCAGAAGACACCCAUAGACUGGCAGUUCAUGGCUGAACCACAGGAGAAGUCGUGUUUUGGGCUCCGGGGUCGACGCCAGCCGUGGCCCAGGGGUCACGUGAUGGGCGGUACGUCCGUAUUGAAUACAAUGCUGUACUCGCGGGGUAAUCAUCGCGAUUACGACCACUGGGCGGCCAAUGGGUGUCGGGGCUGGUCGUGGGCCGACAUAUUUCCUUAUUUUAUUAAGGCCGAGAACAAUACCGACCCGGCGCUGGUGGGCACCGGUUAUCACGGAGUGGACGGCCCUCUCGAGGUCACAAACGAGGGUUAUUGCGAAGUGGUGUCCAAAGCAUUCCGAGACUCCGGGCCCUACUUUGGUUACCCUAUCGGCUCGUCUACCGGUGCCGAGCAGUCUGUUUUUGAGUUACCCCAGCGUACGAUACGCAAUGGGGAACGGCUGUCAGUGGCCAGGGCUUACUUGGAACCGGUAGCUGCCCGUCGACCCAAUCUGCAUAUCUUUACGAAGAGUUUUGUGACGAAAGUGUUGUUCAACGACGAGAAGCGGGCGGUUGGGGUCGAGUUUGUGAGGUAUGGCCGCAAACACGUGGUUUGGGUGCGCAAAGAAGUCAUACUAUCUGCCGGUACUGUAAUGUCGCCCAAAGUGCUUAUGCUGUCAGGCAUUGGACAUAAGGAUCACUUGGAGAGUAUGGGCAUCAAAGUGGUGGCCGACCUCCCAGUAGGUGACAAUCUGAUGGACCACGUGGCCAGUAGUGUGGUCUUCACACUCAACGAUACCGUGUCCUACGACAUGAUGCGAGAG